GUGUGUGUGUGUGUGUGUAUAUGUAUAUAUAAAUAAAUAAUAGAAUAUGAUUAUUAAUUAUUUAUACGUGGUGAUCUAGAAAACUAGAGUUUAAAGAAAUUCUGAACAAAACCCCCCUCCCCACAUCAACAAGAAGGGUCUCACUCUCUUGCUCUCUGUCGCUUCCUAAGUUUGUUUGCCUUAAAAACAUUGUUUUCUGGCUUUGGUUUCUACGAGGCUACAGUAAGCUCCCAAAACCCAAUUCUUUUGCCCUUACGUUUCUUUCUCUUUCUCCGACUCUAUAGCCCUCUUUAUCUCUCUUUUGGGGGUCUGAGGAGUGGUAUGAAACACAACUGUUUGAGCUUGGUCUGAAGCAUUUCGCCGCAUUCUUGCGGUUUCUGGAAUAGCAAUGGCGGAAUAUAUCUGUUUAUUCAACAAGGAUACUCUCAUAAUAAAGCCUCCUAAGAAAUCUCCCCUCUUAUUAAGGAUGGCUGUCUUGGUGUUUUCAAUGGUCUGUAGUGUUUAUAUAUGCUUAGUAUGUCUACGGCAGAUAAAUAACAAAGCCAAGACUAACAGCAUUCGAGUCAUUGAAGGGCCUUUUCAUGAUAAUGAAAUUGAAGUAUCAGAAAUGCUGUAUGAGCAUUACCCAAAUCCCAAAACCUUUAGCAGGGCUGAAUGUGAGGGCAAUCCUGUAAGGUACUUUGCCAUUUUGUCAAUGCAGAGAUCGGGAAGUGGAUGGUUCGAAAGCCUAUUAAACAGUCAUAUAAAUGUAAGCUCUAACGGAGAGAUAUUCUCUGUUAGGUCAAGGAGGGAAAAUUUUUCUACUAUUGUACAGAAUCUAGAUAAAGUUUACAAUUUGGACUGGUUAAGUAGUGCUGCAAAAAAUCAGUGCUCUGCAGCAGUUGGCUUCAAGUGGAUGCUUAAUCAGGGAUUGAUGGAGCACCAUAAAGAAGUACUAGAAUACUUUAAUCGUAGGGGUGUUUUCGCGAUUUUUCUCUUCAGAAGAAAUUUAUUGCGACGAAUGGUUUCAGAUCUUGCAAAUUCCUAUGAUCGACGUGCUAAACUAUUGAAUGGAACCCAUAAAGCACAUGUACAUUCAGCAGAAGAGGCUGAAAAACUUUCAGAGUACAAGCCAGAAAUCAAUUCUACAUCUUUAAUUACCGAUCUGAAGAAUGCAGAGUUGACAGUUGCCAAGGCAUUGGAAUACUUUAAUAGCACCAGCCACAUCAUCCUGUACUAUGAGGAUAUUUUCAAGAACCGAACUAAGCUAAAGGAUGUGCAACAAUUUCUUGGGCUGCCAGAGAAGGAACUAACGAGCCGUCAUGUAAAAAUACACCAAGGAUCACUAAGGGAGCAUAUCAAGAACUGGGAUGAUGUCAAAAAGACGCUGACAGGAACAGCUUUUGAGCAUUUCCUUAACUCAGAUUAUUAGUUGAUUUUGCUUCUAACUACUAGAUUGGUGUAAAUACCAACCUAACUUAUUCUUACCACAGAAAAGCUAACAGAAAAAUUGGGUGUGUUGGAAAAUUUUUGGCUGCUGAAUACUCUCUCAGUCUCAGGUGCGUUUAUCGUCGAAUCACUGCUCUCCAUCAACACUCUGUUGUGUUGAUGGGUCUAUACAGUUUCGUUUUUUUCUUUCUACUGAUGAUGAUAUACAAAAUCUGUAUAUGUCAGCCAAACGAUAUGUUAGUGAGUGCAAAUGUCUAAUGCAAAAGUGGUGGUCACUGUGUCAUCAUGUGUUUUUAAAGCUAUUGUUAAAAUUAACUGAUAUUUGAAGAGAAUGAAUUUCAGGGCAGAUUUUUUGCAGA